CCCUCAACAACAUGAACAAGUUCAUUAUUCUUGCUGCUUUGAUCGCUGUGGCUGUGGCCAAACCCCAAGGCUAUGGUGCUGCAGCCGGCCAACAGCAACAGGGUUACGGAGGCCAAGCUGGACAGCAACAACAGCAACAGGGUUAUGGAGCUCAGCCCGGAGCGACUCAACAGCAACAAGGUUAUGGUGCUCAAGUAUCUGCUAGUGCUGGAGCUGGACAGGGUUACGGUGCUCAAAACGUAGCUGCCCAGCAGCAACAAAGCUAUGGCUCUCAGGUCUCCGCAGGUGCUGGAGCUGGACAAAACUAUGGAGCUCAGUCAGGUGCUGCACAACAGCAACAGAGUUAUGGUGUUCAAGCAUCUGCUAGCGCCGGAGCUGGACAGGGCUAUGGUGUUCAAAAUGGAGCUGCCCAGCAACAACAAGGCUACAGUGCUCAAUCCGCAGCUGGAGCUGGACAAAGUUACGGUUCACAAAACGGAGGUGCCCAAAAGCAACAGGGUUACGGCGCAUCCAGCACUCAACAGAAGCCAACUAAUACUUACAACAGCAAUGGAAACGGAAACAAACCUUCCGCAUCUGCUUCAUCUUACGCACAGGAGCAACCCCCUAUGCCAUUUGAAUAUGCCUGGACCGUCAAGGAUGAGCCAACCAAGAACGACUACGCUCAUGAAACUAAGAGCGACGGCAAAGUUGUGACUGGCUCUUACCGCGUUGUCUUGCCCGAUGGCCGCACUCAGAUCGUCACCUACCGCGCUGAUGAGAACGGCUACGUCGCUGAUGUCAAGUACGAAGGUGAAGCCAAGUACCCCGAGCCAUCCAACGGAAAUGGAAACGAUGGAAACGGCUCUGGAAAUGGAGGCAAUAACUAUGGCAAUAACAACAAGGGAAACGGCAACGGCAAUCAGGCUAAUGCCUAUUAAAAAGCUAAUAAGUGUAUCGUCUUGAAAAUGAAUUGCCAUAAUUCUAAUUAUUUUUCUGUGAAAUCGUGAUGAAUACAUAUAUGGAUACUUAA